CCAAAACGAUUGCUGAGGUGAGCGACGAGGUGCGCAGCAGCAAAACUCGAGUAAAAAUGGCUGCUCGCAGAGGGGGAAAGGAGAUUUUACGAGCUGUCUGAUCCACAUCGUGGCGGCGCCAGACCCCAUUUCAGCCAACAAUUUUUCGUUUCGCGUGGUGCUUGGCAAGGGCCCGUAGCAAGCCUGUGAGUGCGGCAGGUGUCCACGGCGUCCAGAGGUAUCUGCACGCUAGCCCUACUUCCCUGGGACUUGCCGUCCGCGAACCCACCUUUUUCCGACCAGCAAUGGCGCUGCCAAGUAGGGCGAGGGUCUAUGCAGACGUCAACAACCACAAGCCGAGGGAGUAUUGGGACUACGAAAGCUACGUGGUCGAUUGGGGGGUGCAAGACGACUUCCAAGUAGUGAGAAAACUAGGUCGUGGAAAGUACUCAGAAGUUUUCGAGGCCAUUAACAUAACAAACAAUGAAAAGUGUGUCGUCAAAAUUUUAAAGCCAGUCAAAAAGAAGAAGAUCAAACGAGAAAUAAAGAUCUUGGAAAACCUGAGGGGAGGCACCAACAUAAUUUCAUUGCAGGCGGUAGUCAAAGAUCCAGUCUCGAGAACGCCAGCUCUUAUAUUCGAGCAUGUCAACAACACCGAUUUCAAGGCACUCUACCAGACUCUCACAGACUUUGACAUUCGCUACUACCUCUACGAACUUCUAAAGGCUCUGGACUACUGCCACUCAAUGGGCGUGAUGCACCGUGACGUCAAGCCUCACAACGUGAUGAUAGACCACGAAGCUCGCAAGCUCCGACUGAUUGAUUGGGGCUUGGCCGAGUUCUACCACCCGGGCCAGGAGUACAACGUUCGAGUCGCCUCGCGGUACUUCAAGGGCCCAGAACUGUUAGUUGACUACCAGAUGUACGAUUAUUCAUUAGACAUGUGGUCCCUGGGAUGCAUGCUGGCGUCCAUGAUCUUCCGCAAGGAGCCAUUCUUCCACGGCCACGACAAUUACGAUCAGCUGGUGCGCAUUGCCAAAGUGCUGGGCACUGAGGAGUUGUUCGAGUACCUCGACAAGUACCACGUAGAGCUCGACCCCAGGUUCAACGACAUUCUUGGCAGACACUCCAGGAAACGCUGGGAACGAUUUGUUCAUUCAGAAAACCAGCAUCUCGUGUCGCCCGAGGCACUCGACUUCUUGGACAAGCUGCUUCGUUACGACCACCAGGAAAGACUCACAGCCAGGGAAGCCAUGGACCACCCUUACUUCUAUCCCAUUGUUAAGGAUCGAAUGCCGAUGCACUCAAGUUCGCCUACUCCAAUGGCUGGACCAGUGGCCUCGGGAGAGUAAAACUUUAACUCGUACCUAAAAUUUGCGAAGAACCAGCUGGAGUUGAAGAAACAUCUUUUCUCUAUGAACCAAGAUGAUUGAUUCCCUUCAUUCUGCUUGUCAAGGCAUUUUUGUUUCAAUCCAACCAAUCAACCAGAGAUAGACGGCUGCGUUUUAAUACAGAGAAAUGGCAAAAGACUGGCACUGAUUCUGCUUCUAAGAGUGUGGUUUCUCCACUCGACACAGACACCUAAUUAUUAAUUCAAAAAUAGUGCCUGUGCCGAGUGGACAUAGUGAGACUCUCAGUCCGAGACUCGAGUGAAACUUAAGUGUGCAUUCAAAUGCAUCAGUCCCAGAUGAUGUUUGUUCCAAGGCCAAUAUCCAUCAUAGAGAAGCAUCAGCCUCAUUGGGCUUCGAAUUUCGUUCGGUCAGGAGUCCAUACGCAUUAUAUCUUGGAAAAAUGAACUCUUACAAAAAAAGUCAAAUUUGACAUGUUAUUAUUGUACUUGCAAUGAUACUAAUUCAAUUACCUCCCUAUUUAUCUUGAGCACUGUUGAAAAAUUGCUUUGUUUGUAUGGAAAAAUCUUGUAAUGUGCUAGUAAUUACGAAUCAUAAACGAGGAAAACUUGAUUAAAAAUACAAAACAGUUAAGUGUAUUGAGGAAUUUAAAUUUUUUUAUUUUUGGUUGUACGUAACACUCAUUUUAACAAACCUUGAUCCAGCAUCAUGGGGAAAGAUUGUGUUACUUGUACAAUAUUAUCUUUCUUUUAUUAAAUUAAGGCAUAAUAAUACAA